ACGCGUUUUCAGAAUAUUAUUACAGUCAAAGAGCCUCCUUUUGAAGGAGAAGAACAAGAACAUCAAGUCAUCGAGUAUCUUACAACAACAACAACUACUACAUCAGACACAGAAAUGAAGCGCAGAAGCAACAACUCUUCUUGUUAUCAUUUUUCUCAUUUUACUCGGCGAUGAAAAAUCUAUUCUCCACACCUUCAACUUGGUAUGGAAAACCCAUCAACGACGUCGAGCUCAGCUGCUCUCGUCACGACCCUCUGCAACUCAAUCCAGGCUCUUGGCCGAGGCUUCGAUGUUACCUCGGAUAUUCGACUUCUCUACUGUAAGGGAGCUCCGGGGUCUCGUUUAGUUCACAUCGACGAGAACAAUACUAGGGAUCUCGUAAUAAAUGAAGGUCUUGUUCUCCCCAAUAUUUCCGUUGACAUUGGAUUUUCCUCUGGGAAGAGCAGGAUGGAUACCAGAGCAGCCUGUAGCUUCCAUGAGAUGGCAGAAUUUUUCAAUAAGAAGUCAGGUAUAUCAGGUCGUACUCCUCUUGGAUGCUUUAAUUCCAUGUUCAAUUUCACUGGUUCUUGGCAAGUUGAUGCAGCAGCUACAAAAACUCUUGCCAUGGUUGGAUACUUUAUUCCCUUGUUUACAGUUAAACUGGCAAAGUCAGAUUUAGUUUUGCAUGAGGAAAUCAAGCAUGCUGUUCCACACACUUGGGAUCCCGCAUCCUUGGCAAGCUUUAUUGAAAAUUUUGGUACCCAUGUCAUUACAUCUGCAACAAUUGGUGGUAGAGAUGUAGUUUAUGUCAAGCAGCACCAGUCAUCUCCUUUGUCAGCGUCAGAAAUCAACAACUACCUGAUAGAUAUUGGGAAUCAAAGAUUUGACUCAGAAAGUCAGCUCAGUGCUGUUCCAGCCAGAUUCAAGGUUCUGGAUCCAUCUCUUUUCAACAGCCGAGAAAUACACCCUCAGCUUUCUACUGUUCCAUCUAUAAGUGGGAAAGAGGAUGUUACAGUCAUUUUUAGGAGAAGAGGAGGGGACGAUCUUGUACAGAGCCAUGCCAAAUGGGUAGAAACUGUAAAUUUGGCACCAGAUGUUAUCAGCAUGACGUUUUCUCCCAUUGUUUCACUGCUGGGAGAAUUGCCUGGGAAAAAACAUCUGGCUCGUGCCAUUGACUUGUACUUAGAGUAUAAGCCACCUAUAGAGGAGCUACAGUACUUCUUAGAAUUUCAGAUUGCACGAGUCUGGUCACCUGAAAAUAGUAAUCUUCCAGGAUAUCAGCGAAAGGAGCCUGUGUGUCCUUCCUUGCAGUACAGCUUGAUGGGUCCCAAGCUUUACAUCAGCACAGAUCAGAUAACAGUUGGUCGUAAGCCUGUAACUGGGCUCAGACUUUGCCUCGAAGGAUGCAAGCAAAACCGAUUAACCGUCCAUUUGCAGCAUUUGGCAUCUCUUCCUAAGAUCCUACAACCCCAUUGGGACUCACACAUGGCCAUUGGAGCACCAAAAUGGCAAGGUCCUGAGGAACAAGAUAGCCGGUGGUUUGAGCCAAUUAAGUGGAAGAAUUUUGCCCAUGUAAGCACAGCACCCAUAGAGCACACUGAGACCUGUAUUGGGGAUCUUUCAGGUGUUCACAUUGUAACUGGGGCCCAGCUAGGUGUCUGGGAUUUUGGUGCCAAAAGUGUCCUUCACCUGAAACUUCUCUUCUCUAAGGUACCGGGCUGUACAAUAAGGAGAUCAGUGUGGGAUCACAACCCCUCAAGUACUUUUCCGCACAAGGUUGGCAGUGCAUCUUCUUCAUCCUCUUUAAAUGAGAGAAGUUCGGAUGAUAAAAAGGUUGAUAGUUCGGGCCAGACUGGGAAGCUGGCAAAGAUCGUUGAUUUGACAGAGAUGUUAAAAGGACCACAAGACAUACCUGGCCACUGGUUGGUUACGGGGGCAAAACUUGGGGUUGAGAAGGGAAGAAUUGUGUUACGUGUAAAGUAUUCCCUAUUGAACUAUUGAAGAUCUCUUGUUGUAAUACUUUGUAUCCCUUGACGGCAUUGCCAAGCAUAUUUUUUUUGCACAGCAAGCACGAUUGUUCAUUUGUUCUUAUGUAAAUACUCCAUGUCUUCAUAGUGUCUGAUUAGGAUCUGAGGUCCUGUUCUUUUGUCGUUUGAUUUUGGUGCUGAUUUAUGUUUUCUGGGUGAGGUUCCUUUUUAAGAGUAUGCUAGUUGGUCAAAAUAAAUAUAUUUUGUAGUUCUUUGGAAGAAUUUUACUAUGUAAAUUCUCGUUUGGUUGAAUUUGAUA